AUGGCCGACUCAAUUACAGCCACUAUCAGAUACGUCCAGCGGGAUGAAAGCCAGGACCUCAGUGAGAAGCCAUACAUUUUGCACUAUGCGGCCCCUGAUGGGUUUCCCCAAAACAACUUUACCAUCAAGCCUGUCCACGGCAUCAAGGUCCACAACUUUCGAGCCUCUGGGGUCACCUACGAAGAGCGUGGCAUAGGGAUAGCUCCCAUCAAUAGCAACGGGAUGAAGCCCGAAUGCUUUGACGAUGACGACUGGGUCGAGCAGAUCUAUCUCCCAGAACUUCACCGGUCCGUCUGUGCCGCCCUCGGGGCAAAAGACAUGACCAUCUUCGACUGGAUGUUGCGCAAGCGAGCACCUUCCUUCCCAGUGAGGAAGCCAGGCGAGGAUAACGGGGAAAAUCAUCAGCCCUCGCUGUCAGCGCACAUCGUCGACCGGGAGAAGGACCUCAUGACCGUCGAUGAGGUGUUCCCCACCGUGGCCAACGAGGUGUUCCAGGUCCGGUGGAACCCGGACCACAAGUGGUACUACGUGCCUGACCAGCUCGAGUCCGAAGUCACCAUCUUCAACGCUUUUGACUCUGAGAAGGGUCAAAGCCUGGCUGUCCCGCACUGUUCGUUUGACUUGGGUGACGCGGCGGGCUCCGCGAUCCCGAGGCAGAGCAUUGAAGUUCGGGCAUUGGCACGCCCACACAAUACAAUCGCGGAUCAAUCCAUCGUUCCACCCUCACCCAACCUUCGAAGCUCAGCCAGGUCCAUGACACCCGGAGUCUGGCCUCCCAAGAGCGCACUCCCCGAUUACGGCUAUCGCCCCAGGAACCCUUUUUGCUACGCCAUCUAUGUGGAAACCACACAACAUCACCAGGGCAUUAUAUACUCCAAGCCCAAGCUCUCUCCGAUGCCUAUUAUUGGCUGGGCGGCGAAAAGCUCGAUCUCGCAGAUCAAUGGAAUAUGCCAAAGGAUUCCAAUGGGUGCGCCAGAUGAUGAUCGGGAGGGAUCCCUCCUACCGGGCCAGCCGCCUCGCGAUAAGGCGGAGUGGGCGAACGUGGCCAUCGACGCUCUCUUCGCGCAGGGCCUCUUCCUGCCGCUGGGCCGGUUGGACGCUAAAGAACCCAAUUUCAGCCCUGGCCCGAAGCGACGCCCCUUGGCCGGGUUUACAUUGUGGCCGGGGGCUCCAAGGACACCUGUUGUGGAGUUGCUCGGGGCUGAAUUUGGUGUGGUGCAAGAGACCGAGGUGUUUGAGGGUGUGGGUACCUUGGACCCCUACCUGGAGCCCGGCUUGCCCUAUGCGGCGCGGAGGCGCGGGGCGAAUGCAGGACACCGCCCUCCUUCACCGCACCGGGCUGAGAAUGGUGUGGCGAAUGCACCACACCCUUUUCCUCCCCAUCCAUCUCCAGCUGCCGCGGCGCCAGAGAGCGUCAAGCACCCGGCUCAGGCUAGCAGGGCGACAGCGCUUCCUUGCGAGCAUUGGUUGAGGCUAGGUGCUUUGCUCAUCUCUCUGUGUCUUGCUGUUUACUCCAUGAAGGGGGGGUCGGCGGGCCCUGCUUCUUACCUUCUACUCGUCUUUAUUUUAUUUUUCCUAAGCGGUCCGAGGGCGGCACUGGUAGGUGGUCACUAG